GCAGCGGCAGGAAGCGGGAGGGUCCAUCCCGGUGGCUGAGGCCUCUUAUUCUCGGAAGGGAGAACACCGGACACUUCCCCACGCAACUCCCAUCUCUGGGCCCGAGUGUGUGCAUGGCGAAGCCCCCGGAGAACUCUACCCUGGAGGAGAUUCUGGGGCAGUAUCAGCGGAGUCUCCGGGAACGUGCAAAUAGAAGCAUUCACCAAUUGAAAUGUGCCCUGAGAGAAGGUAAUGUCACUGUUGGAGAAGAGGUACUGGAUCCUUCUUUUAGUACCAGUGUAGGAAAUGAGGAUGCUGGGAAUGCCUGGCGUGAACUGCAACACAGCCAUGCAGUUAAUCAACUCAAAGCUUUGUUGCGCCAACAAGCAACUAAGAAAAGUGAGGUAUCUCCAAGACGACGAAAAAUGUCCCCUUCAAUGUCAUCAGAAUAUGAGGAAGCCAGUAUGCCUACCGUACACAAUCUUGUUCCUAUCAUCAAUGACCAGUCUCAAUACAUUCAUCAUUUAGAGGCAGAAGUCAAGUUCUGCAAGGAGGAACUCUCUGGAAUGAAAAAUAGGGUACAAGUAAUUGUGCUUGAAAAUGAAAGGCUCCAACAAGAGCUGAAAUCUCAAAGACAAGAGGAAGCAAUGAGAGAACAAACACUUCUGAAUGCAUCUGGAAACAUACAGAAUUCUUGGAUUACAACAGGUGAAGAUUCUAGGGUGGAUGAAGCUGCAAAGAGGUCAUUUUCCCAUGGCAAUGAAGAUAUUAUCAAAGCUGUACCUGCGGGUGAGGCUGAAAAAUGGAAGCUAGAACUGGAGAGACUAAAGCUUACUUAUGGGGAAAAGAGUGAAAUCCUGGAAUCUCAAUUGACGUUUUUGAGGAAAGACUUAGCUGAAUAUCAGAAAAAUUGUGAAGAUCUUAAAGAGCGACUAAAGCAUAAAGAGUCUCUUCUUGCCGCUAAUAUUUCUAGCCGUGUUGGUGGUCUUUGUUUGAAAUGUGCUCAGCAUGAAGCUGUUCUUUCCCAAACCCAUGAUAAUGUUCACAUGCAGACCAUUGAAAGACUGACUAAAGAAAGAGAUGACUUAAUGUCUGCACUAGGUUACGUGAGGAGCAGCUUGACAGAGGUGCAGCAAAGAGAAGCAAGUGCUUAUGAGCAGGUGAAACAAGCUGUGCAAAUGACUGAGGAAGCCAAUUUUGAAAAAACCAAGGCUUUAAUCCAGUGCGAACAGUUGAAGAAUGAACUGGAGAGGCAGACAGAGCGACUUGAGAAAGAGCUUGCAUCUCAGCAAGAAAAAAGAACCUUUGAGAAAGAGAUGAUGAAAAGAGAAAUAACAAAAGAAAGAGAGGAUAUGGGCUCAAAGAUGUUGACACUAUCUCAGAAUAUUGCCCAACUGGAGGCCCAGGUGGAAAAGGUUACAAGAGAAAAGAUUUCAGCUGUUAACCAACUAGAGGAAAUUCAAAACCAGCUUGCUUCCCAGGAAAUGGAUAUCACAAAGGUGUGUGGAGAAAUGCGCUAUCAACUGAAUAAAACCAUAAUGGAGAAGGAUGAGUCAGAAAAGGAGCACAGAGAGUACAGAACAAAAACUAAAAGGGAUCUUGAAAUUAAAGAUCAGGAAAUAGAGAAAUUGAGUUUAGAACUGAGUGAAAGCAAACAGCACUUGGAACAGGAGCAGCAGAAGGCAACCCGGGCCAGAGAGGAGUGCCUGAAACUGACAGAACUGCUGGGCGAAUCUGAGCACCAACUGCACCUCACCAGACUGGAAAAAGAUAGCAUUCAGCAGAGCUUUACCAACGAAGCAAAGGCCCAAGCCCUUCAGGCCCAGCAAAGAGAGCAGGAGCUGACACAGAAGAUACAGCAAAUGGAGGCCCAGCAUGACAAAACUGAAAAUGAACAGUAUUCAUUGCUGACCUCCCAGAAUUCAUUUUUGACAAAGUUAAAGGAAGAGUGCUGCACAUUAGCCAAGAAACUGGAACAUAUCUCUCAGAAAAGCAGAUCUGAAAUAGCUCAGCUCAGUCAAGAAAAAAGGUAUACAUAUGACAAACUGGAAAAGUUGCAGAGAAGAAAUAAUGAAUUGGAGGAACAGUGUGUCCAGCAUGGGAGACUACAUGAGAUAAUGAAGCAAAGUAAACAUGAAGUCGGUGGGCUACUACAUCAGUAGCUCUUAGCCUGUGUCUCUCUCUACACCCAAGACUUGAUUGGAAGGGGAAAGCCACCUGCACCUAGUAGUUUACAGCGCUCAACUGCUGAUGAAGACGUUUUUUGCCUGUCUGAUUUAAAUAUCAAAGCAUUAGAUUAUUCACUUCUCAAGGAAAAAGGCUGUUCUCAACAUCUCUGUAUAUUCAAAGGUACCCACUCCAGUGCUGGACAGCAGAGUCUGCUCAAAUGAGCGGGUCAGCCUCGGCAGAAUGCCCCCCUGCCCCUAGCCGGCUGUCCUGGCUUCUCUGCUCCCUGGGCUGUCUUUGCUUCUCCCAGCCUCUCCAUGUUGAGGAUGCGGUGGAGGAAAACUUCUGUUUGGUCUGAUGCCAAUGGGGUGGUUUUGAGACUGUGCUCUCAGGAAAAAUUGCUCUACAUAACAGCAUGAUGGGUAGCAGUGGGGGCAGAUUGGGCUCCCCAAAGCUGCAAUGCAGUGGCUUCCCCAGAGGAAACGUAUUUUUCUCUUUUCCAGUAUCAGAGGGAGGGCAAUAGGGGCAAGAGGGACGGGUAAUGGGAUUGAUACAGUACAGAAGCAGGAAAGUGCUCACACUUGGAUGGAAGGUCCUUGCUGUUGGGUUCUGCCCUAGCUUGAGCCAGGGAACGGGGAGGCUGGGCAGAGCCAGAUGGCAGCCCACACUCGGGGCUUGGGUGUAGGGAGAGACACAGGCAGAGAGCUACUGAUGUAGUAGCCCACUGCAGCGCUGUCUUACCACGUUAAUAUCCCCAAGACCCUGAACCUGGUCCUCAGCAGCUACAAACACAGGAAAUAAGAACUCAGCCCUGUGCUUGGUCCUUGCUCUCUCCGUAAGCAGCAGGGGGCAGUGGGCGGGGCGUAGACGUGUGGGCGUGGUCAGAGCCAGCGCCUACCAGGGGAGCAUGUGCAGUGCCUGCUAGAUGCCUGCCCUGGGUGUCUCCAGUUCCUGCCUCUCAGCCUUUCUGUGUAGGACACCUCGAAGAGGGGUAGUAGAAAAUCAGCUGUGACUGCAAACCCGGAGCACAGAGUGUUCAGAGGAGAGGGUAGGGGUGUGGACUAGGGUGCAGGAACUGUGCCUUCUGGGGCAGUUUGAACAGCCACCCGCAAAACCCACCGGAGCUCAAGAAGGGGAUGAGUCAGGUGGUAGGUGCCAUCUGGGAAAUGGGGAGGAAGCUGAGAGCGUGAGUGAAGUACUAGACCAUUGUUAGGUUUCCCAGGGUGCAGUUUCAGUUCUACCUGUCUCCAGAUGCUGCAUCGCUUUAGAAAACGAGUCUGCUCACCCCUUCCUAAGUCCCGAAUGUCUGUCUUUGCAGAUGUUUAGUUGUGCUCAGAGCCCUCCAGAAAUGCAGCCACAGGAGAGCUUGAACUGAGGGCAGGCUGAGCCCAGUGUCUGAAGAAAAAGCUUUGAAGUUUUUGACUCAAUGCUGGACAUGUAGCCUGAAGUUUGAAAUGCAUCUUGAGCUUUUAAAAUCCUUUUCUUGUGAAAAUACAACUUAAUUUCACCAUUGGUGCUUUUUGAGGACUGUGAGGAAGGGCAUAUGACAUACCCAACUUCUUUCCAGAACAGUGUUGUUCAAGUCUAAAUUUAAUCUAAAGCCUACAUUUCCACGGGUGAGUGUGCUACUGGUUGUAGGAAGCCGUCUGUGGACAAAUGAGGAUAAUAGUUUGAGUGAAUUAGCAAGUCUGGAAAGGAGAGCCCAUCAGCAGAAUGACAAAUUUAGGAUCUUUGAAGACAUCUGGUCAGCGAUGCCGGAGCUCGUGAUUGACUGAGUGAUUAAUAAUGGAAAACCCUUAGUUCAGUGUUUCCGCCUUCCCUCGCUCACUUCCCCAGCCGGGACCGGCCGUCUGCUCCAGCCUGCCAGAGGCGUUUCCAGCUGAACCGUGGAGGCGUUUAGGCCUCUCAUCUCUGACCUCUGUGCGUUAAGGUUUGAGUUUCUCUUCAGUGUUAUCUGUGUGCUCCCUAACUGACAACUCACCGAAAAGACUCCUGAUUCCCUUUCACAUUUGAUACCCUUCCAUUCACCUUAAGGAGUGCGUCCAAGGGCCUCACUUCAGGGCCACCCUGGCUUCCAGCUCCUAGUUCACUGUCAGGAGCUUCCCUCCAACACAGAGAGCAAUAGAAUACAGGGGAUGGGCUGAAGUCUUGGUACCCCUGCUCUCUGAGGCCGACUGCCCCCCGUUCUCAGAACCCAUCUCUAAUUCUGGAUUUUUUUCCAGACUAAAGCAGCUAGACAAGCACAGCCAGGCCACAGCCCAGCAGCUGGUGCAGCUCCUCAACAAGCAGAACCAGCUUCUGCUGGAGAGACAGAGCCUGUCGGAAGAGGUGGGACAUCUGAGAUCCC